UCUUCAAUCAAUACCUCUCCCUUCUCCACUUUGUUUCUCCAGAGAGCAAAACCAGAGCUGGGCUGGGUGGGUCAGUUCUUCAGGUACCGGGGCUAGGACAGGGCGUGGAGAGGAGCAGUCAGAAACGCAGACGCAGCGCCAGGCGCACUGGAAGUGCAGAGGACGCGCCCGCCUGCUUGCCUGCUGCGCGGGUGACCUCUAGUUUCAGCUAGGAACCUGGGCGGAGGAGUUACAGAGGAACCCACGGAACUGACUUCAAGGCGAGACCAGACUGUGGUCUCUAUGAACCUUCCAUUUUCUGCUGUCCUCCUCGUCCGCUCCAUGCCCAAGAGCUGCGCUCCAGAGCUAGGGCCAGAAGAGCCAUGGAGGGACCGAGUGUUCAGUGCGCCCAGCCGCCGCCCGCGGGAUCCCAGAUCGGGGUACCCCAAGCCAACCUCUCUGCUGCUCCUUCCCACAACUGCAGCGCCUCCGAGAGCUACAUUUACCAGGACUCCAUUGCCCUACCCUGGAAAGUACUGCUGGUUGUGCUGCUGGCGCUCUUCACCUUGGCCACCACGCUUUCCAAUGCCUUUGUGAUCGCCACGGUGUAUCGGACCCGGAAGCUGCACACCCCGGCUAACUAUCUGAUAGCUUCCCUGGCCGUCACCGACCUGCUAGUGUCCAUCCUGGUGAUGCCCAUCAGCACUAUGUACACGGUUACGGGCCGCUGGACACUGGGACAGGUGGUCUGCGACUUCUGGCUGUCGUCGGACAUCACCUGUUGCACUGCUUCCAUCAUGCAUCUCUGUGUCAUCGCCCUGGACCGCUACUGGGCCAUCACGGAUGCCGUGGAGUAUUCAGCUAAAAGGACUCCCAAAAGGGCGGCUGUCAUGAUCACUCUGGUGUGGGUCUUCUCCAUCUCUAUCUCUCUACCGCCCUUCUUCUGGCGUCAGGCCAAAGCCGAGGAAGAAGUGUUGGACUGCUUAGUGAACACCGACCACGUCCUCUACACGGUCUACUCCACGGUGGGUGCUUUCUACUUACCCACCCUGCUCCUCAUCGCCCUCUAUGGCCGCAUCUAUGUGGAAGCCCGCUCGCGGAUUUUGAAACAGACGCCCAACAAGACCGGCAAGCGCUUGACCCGAGCCCAACUGAUCACAGAUUCCCCUGGGUCCACGUCCUCUGUCACCUCCAUUAAUUCGCGGGCUCCCGAUGUGCCCAGCGAAUCUGGGUCUCCAGUGUAUGUGAACCAAGUCAAAGUGCGAGUCUCCGACGCCUUGCUGGAAAAGAAGAAACUCAUGGCCGCUAGAGAGCGCAAAGCCACCAAGACCCUGGGGAUAAUUUUGGGAGCAUUUAUUGUGUGCUGGCUGCCCUUCUUCAUCAUCUCCCUGGUGAUGCCUAUCUGCAAGGAUGCCUGCUGGUUCCACAUGGCCAUCUUUGAUUUCUUCACGUGGCUAGGCUAUCUAAAUUCCCUCAUCAAUCCCAUCAUCUAUACCAUGUCCAAUGAGGAUUUCAAACAAGCGUUCCAUAAACUGAUACGUUUUAAGUGCGCAAGUUGACUUGCCAAUUGCAGUGGGGUCGCCAAAGCGACCUUUGGGGACCAAGUUGGGUCUUUCCACAGGUAGGUGGAAUCUUCUUUCGCUGUUACUGGGUCCGAACAAGGCUCUCUCUUCUGGGCAAGGGCAAUGGAUCCUGAGAAGCCAGGACAGCCCUGAGAGCUCUGAAAGGAGAACUGUUCAAACUAAAUGUAGAGCUUCCCUGCUGAGGAGAAGGUUCACCUCCUCCCCUCAAACCUUGGGCUCAGCACAGAUACUGCGGCAGCCAAUCACAAAGGGGUUUGCAACUUAAAAAUUGAUGAUGGAUAGGUGAUCCCUGCCCUGCUUUAGUAUCACGGAUGAUGCCCUCUAAAGCCAGUGGUACUUGUAGUUGUUGUCUGAAGCCUGUCUGAGACAGAUCUACAAACAGCCUGGCAGUACUUGAACUAGACACUUAAUACCCUGUGUUUUGGGGAGAACAUUGUGUUACAGCUUAAUUUAAGAACAGUUACUUUGGCAUUCUUCAGUCUUCAGUUUUUGUUUAUUUAAACUUGGUUGGAGAAACUUGUGGAUUUGGUGCUUCAAACCCUAAAUGUGUCUUGGAUGGCGCAGAGAACCUUGAAGAGUUAACAGCAAAAUUCUGAUGCUAAGAUCUCUAUUUUUAUUAUAACUGAAACUAUAUAGGGUGGGCGGGUGGGAGUGGGAGAUGGGAGUGAUAUAUUGAGAAUCAACACCUAUGAUUGUUUUCUGCAGAUUUCUAAUUUUUUAAAUUCUUGUUUAGUGAUUGUCAAACUACAACUUUCACAACUCAAAAUAUUUUGUGUGCUAGUGCCAAAGUCUGCAGAUUACUUUAUUUUUUCCUCCUGAUUUCCAUGUGCUUGUCAUUUUACACACUCAAAUCCCCAUAAAUGAAGGGUAUAAUGGGCAAUUCAGCCCAAAGUGCUGCUAUAAGUCUUAUUAAUGCAGUCGGUUAAACCGAUUAGUAUUAGAUAUAUACUGUUCCUUGAAAAGAAAAGUAUCUCUCUUCUUUAUCCAAUUAGGUGAAAUGUAAAGAAGACUAAUGAAAUAGGAAUGGUUGUUAUACAGUUAAGGAAUGAGGGGGGCAAUGGAGGAUGUAUAUUUUGACUUGUAAAAAAAAUCUUAAAAUGCAUGAGACAUUUUUUCUGAUAGUCAUUUGCACUCUCCUCCCCAUCUGUGAUUCCUUUGUGUGUGAGCAUAUAAAGUAACCAGGAGAACUAGUUUUUGUCUCCAGAAAUCUUCAAUAUGCAGCAAGAGCCCUAAAAUCUGUAUGUAUUGGGAUAGGAGAAAGAAACUUGUUU